AUGAAUCGAGGUGAGGUUCAAUACUCUGCAUAUACUUCUGCAGUGGCGGUGUUGACUGGCGGUGGUGAUUGGUUGAUUGCAGUGGUGGUUGUGUAUGCAGUGGCGAUGGUUGCAGAACAACUUGGUUUCACAUCAUGCAUACAAUCAUGUUUGGAGUACUUGGAAGCAGUCCCAUGGGUAGGGGAAGAAGAAGAAGAGAAAGUGGUUUCUUCAGUGUUGCGUCUCCAAGAUGAUGGCAUUGGAGUCACACCCGUAUUGAAACGUGUCUCUUCUGAUAUUUCAAAGCCACCUAUGGACACUCUCUCUCAUGUAUUGGAGCUAGUUCUCAAGAGCAAAGAGGAGAGAGGGCGGCGUGAAAAGAAGCCGAAGAAUUUGCAGUAA